AUGUGCCAAACACGCUUAGCGUCCGGCUCCGGGGACACAGAGUGGAGAAAUAUAACAUUUUGUUGCAGCGUAUUAGGAGUGCGGUGUGCAGCCAACCCGAAGGACGUCCAAAAACAACAAUACCGGUCUGGGUUACAAAAUUACAGAGUGAGACGUCGCUUUAAUAUCCGUUUGGUCCGCGGAGAGUUCGUGGACGAGUCGGGCUGUCCUGUGCCCGAUUGGAUCGGAUUCAUCCGUGCCGCCAGGAAUAGCCAGGAGCAAAACCUGGAGGCAGUGUCGGACUUACCUGGCGAACAGAUUUUUUACCGAGUUCUGAGAGAAAUCCCAGCGGGAGAGGAGCUGAGUGUGUGGUACUCCAACCCUCUCGCCCAGUGGUACGACAUCCCCACCACGGCCACUCCCACGCACGACGAAAAAGGUGAGGAGCGUUACAUCUGCUGGUACUGCUGGAGAAUAUUCAAAUACCCCAACACCCUCAAGGCCCACGUCCACUUUCACUGUGCUCUGAGCAACGGGCGGGGGUUCGUGAGCGGCGAACAGGCCAGAGGUACCGAGUCCUACAGCAGGUCGCCCAAGUCCGGAGACAUCCCCAACACCUCCGGCCACAGCAACUCCUCGGACUCUAACCGGCGGACGGUGUCCUCCUUGCCUUUCCCGAGCAACAAAGGCGGUCUGUCAAAGAAAAGCAGCGCCGAGGAGCAGGACCGGGCCCUUGACAUGAGCGUCGCGUCAGUCAGGAACCAGGGACACCUGCUCGGACUGGGAGCCGCGUCUUCAGUGCUGGGUAGCAUGGGUUUCCAUCCGGGCGUGCGCUCUGCUUUCAAGCCGACGGGCGUCUCUAAAGUCCCGGGCGCAGAGGCGUCCAGAGAGGAGGCCGGCGGCAAGCUGAGCGGUCUCGGAUUCAGUAAACUCAUAGGGAACAUGAAGCCAAUCCGCAACCUGGGCGAAGGCCUUAACGGGGCCGGGAGCCACCCACCAAAGUGCGCGCCCGCCAUCGUGGACUCCACGUCUCCGAUGGUACCGUGCGGGAAUCCCAUGCGGGGGUUCCCACUGCUCCCGCACGUGGAGGAAACGUCGGCUUUCAAGCAUGUCGAGAGUCGAAUACACACCGGGUUGUCCCCCUCCCGGUACCCCCAGAUCCCCCCCGGUCUGCACUUUGAAAGGUUCUCACUUCCUCACUUCGACGGCGUGAAGACGUACGGCGGAGACUGUAACAUCCCGCUGAUGCCCUUCACCGUCUACAACGGGGAGCUCCUGUACAGCUCCCCCUACUACCCGCUCAAAUUCCACUUCAGCAACCUCCUCAAGUACCCGGACUCUGUGCCCUACUUUGGCGCCCCCCAGCUGAGCCAGGACCUGGGCUCCAUCACGAACAUUGACCGGGAGAUCGCCAUGCACACGCAGCAGCUGUCGGAGAUCAGCUCGGAUAAGAGUCGGGCUCGGCUGGACUCGGUGCCCGCCGGGAGCACCGGCUCCACAAGCUCAGGCAAACCCAAGAAGGGCCACCUGUGUCUCUACUGCGGGAAGCUGUACUCCCGGAAGUACGGCCUGAAGAUCCACAUGAGGACUCACACGGGGUACAAGCCUCUCAAAUGUAAAGUGUGCUUCAGGCCCUUUGGAGACCCGAGCAACCUGAACAAGCACAUCCGGCUGCACGCGGAGGGCAACACGCCCUACAGGUGCGACUUUUGCGGGAAGGUGCUCGUGCGGAGGCGGGACCUGGAGCGGCACGUGAAGUCCAGGCACCCCGGACAGACUCUGAAGAAGCUGGACGACAAACCGGGCGGCCCGUUCGACGACGCCGACCACAAGAGCGACAACGACAGCGACGUGGACGUGUGCUUCACCGACGACCAGAGCGACCAGGAAUCGAGCAAAAACAAUGACUUAGUUUUGUCAGAGACGAUUUAAUGGGAACUUCCCCCCACUCCUGCUCUUUGGUGUUGCAUGAAGUAAUAUCUGCAAAAGAAAUGUCACUUCUUGAUCGUUAUUUUCCGUUACAUAUGGGAAAAAUAUAUUCAAAUAAAAUAUCCAAGUUUUUUUCAUAAUUUAAUUUUUUUAUCACUCUCGGUUGUUUCUGGAAUGCGUUCAGUAGGCCAUUUAGGUUUCUUACGAUAAAAAAGUAUCAAAUAAUAAUUAAAAAAUGUAGCAGCUCAGUGCAGCAGCCGUUCUAUUUUAUUUUCUUUACAAAUCACUUUUUUUUUAAUCGAAACAAAAACAUUGUUUUCAUGCAGACAGACGCUGAAUCCACCUGCGCGCAAAACAAAAAGCAAUCAGUAACAGAUGUUUCGUUUUUUAAAAUGUAUUUAUUUUUUAUUUCAAGCCACAAAAACAAAACAGAAAAAAACCUGCCAAGGUUGACUAAGACAUUUGUGAAGUUUGCUUUUUUUUCUUGAGGAAAAGAUAAUCUGGAUAAAGUCCACAGUCAUGUAUUCAAGAAAUCAGCGUGACUCCCAACUUUUGAAAAAUUUGUUCGUAUUGUGAAUCUUACUCGAAUUUUCCAUUUUGCACUUUAAAAACAAACCAUCUCCACUGCUAAGCUGCAAAAUAAUUUCUCAGCUCCACCUCUUUCCGAACUUGACUCCGUACUUCAAUUUGCACUUUUUUUCGACCCGUUCUUCUUACGGGAGCAGCUUCCGGUUUACUUAAGGAUUUAUUGCCAGAGAAAAAAAAAUGUAGCUAUUGUUUUCAGUCAUACAAAAUGUAAAGAAGCUGUAAAUGAAGAAGAAGAUGAUAUUUCGCAUUCCGCUGGAGAAGUUGUGUAUGUGUGUUUAUACGUGCUGUUUGUCUGAGAGGACAGUAAUAUACUCCUAAUUAUUAAAUGGAUGUUUUUUUCUCUCCCAUUGGAAUAAAUUAAAUUUGAAGAAUAAAAA